AUGCCGUCCCGAUCAGAUAUCACCUACUUUGGAGCAGGCCCGGCACUGCUGCCGACCGACGUCCUCGAGGAUGCGGCGCAAGCCCUGAUCAACUUCAAGGACACCGGUCUGGGCAUCGCCGAGCACUCGCACCGCUCCGAGAUUGCCACGACGAUCAUUCAGGAAGCCAAGGCCGACCUGGCCGCGUACCUCGAGAUCCCCGACGACUAUGAGAUCCUCUUCAUGCAGGGCGGCGGCUCGGGCGAGUUUUCCGCCAUGGCCUACAACUUUGUCGGCGCCUGGGUGGCCCGCAAGCAGGCGGCCCUCGGAGCCGGAACAGAUGGCAGCGCGGCGGAGGCGCUCAAGGCGGCCGUGAAGGACCUCAAGAUUGACUACAUCGUCACCGGCGGUUGGUCGCAAAAGGCGUCGGCCGAGGGCGAGCGGCUCUUUGGCGCAGAGCACGUCAACAUCGUGGCCGAUGGCCGCACGACGACCGGCGGCAAGUAUGGCGUCAUCCCGGACGAGAGCACCUGGAACCUGUCCAAGGAUGCUGCCAUGGUCUACUACUGCGACAACGAGACGGUCCAUGGGGUCGAGUUUUCCGGCUUCCCUCAGUCUCUCGAGCCGGGCCCGGAUGGACCAUUUGUCGUUGCCGACAUGAGCUCCAACAUUCUCUCUCGCACGAUCCCGAUCAAGAACUAUUCCGCCAUCUUCUUCGGCGCCCAGAAGAACCUGGGCUGUACCGGCAUCACGGUCGUCAUCAUCAAGAAGUCUUUGCUGCGACAGCCGUCGGCAGAGCUGAUGAGAGAGCUGGCUCUGCCGAUUCCGCCUCGGAUAUUCGAGUUUGAGACUAUUGCGAAGAACAACAGCCUCUACAACACGCUGAGCAUCUUCGACGUCUACAUAGCCGGCCGGGUUCUGAAGAAGCUGCUGCGCGAGUUCCCCGACAAAGUCCAGGGGCAGGAAGCUGUGUCCGCGAACAAGGCCCAGCUGCUCUAUGGCGCCCUCGAGGCCUAUCCCGACGUCUACAAGAUCAUCCCGGACAAGACCGUGCGGUCGCGCAUGAACAUCUGCUUCCGCAUCGAGGGGGGCGAUGCGGCCGAGGAGGCCUUCCUCAAGCAGGGGGCUGCACUGGGGCUUACCGGGCUGAAAGGUCAUCGCGAUCUGCGGGGCAUCCGGGCGAGCAAUUACAACUCGGUCUCCGUUGAUGGAGCGGAGAAGCUUGCCCGCUUCAUUGGCGCCUUUGCGUCGAAACGGCAAUAG